CUGAUCAAGCCAGAAAAAACAGUUUAUUUUCCGGGAAGAAAAAAAAAAACGAAUCUCUCUGGGGAAAUCUGGGAGUGAAUAAAGUUUUGGGAGGAGAGAUGGGAGAAGUAGGGAAGGCGAUGGGGUUGCUGAUAAGCGGGACGCUAGUCUAUUAUCACUGCUCAUAUCGCGACGCGACUAUUCUCUCUCUAUUCGCCGAUGUACUCAUCGUUCUCUUGUGCUCACUCGCCAUCCUCGGUCUCCUCUUUCGCCAACUCAAUGUCUCGGUUCCAGUGGAUCCGCUAGAGUGGCAAAUAUCACAGGACACAGCAAGUAACAUCGUUGCGCGCUUAGCUAAUACGGUUGGAGCAGCAGAGGCCGUUCUGAGGGUUGCAGCAACAGGACACGACAAGAGGCUUUUUGUCAAGGUCGUGAUCUGCUUAUACUUUUUGUCAGCCCUAGGACGACUUAUAUCAGGUGUAACCGUUGCGUAUGCAGGACUAUGCAUGUUCUGUCUCUCCAUGCUCCUCUGUCAGAACUCUCAACCUCUUGGAAGCUGUGUACUGAAGCUAGGAAACGGCGAGGUUUUAGAACAAGAUGCACAUUCUGAUGCAUAAUGAUGUUUUUUUAGUUUUCUCCUUUCUAAUGCUCACAUGUUGUUCAUAGCCUCAAAAGGGGCAAGGGCAGCCCCCUUCUGUACACACCAUUCGGAUACAAGCCUACAACGCCUUUUCUUUGCAGAUCCUGAGACUGUAAAUUUGUUAUGCUUUUACGGGCUGAGCUACAAGCCUACAACGCCUUUUCUUAUUGGGAUUUCACAUUUCAGAACUUGAUAGGAUCUGAUGUAUGUAAAAGAUUUGCAUACUAUGCUCUAAAUAAAAGUGUAAACCAUGUCCUGCCUUCACAGCCAUGGUUCAAAUCUUCUUUGAUUCAUGUUCUUAAA